AUGUCAGGAUCUCGCAGUGGUCGUAUAGCCAUGAUAUGUGCAGCAAUAUCCAGUCAGUUUUACGAGAGACCAGACAAUCAGGCUACCUCAGACAUUCUUCAGAAAAUGGCCUAUUUCCCGUUUCUUUCUACAACCAUCAUCGACUACCUGACUCGUAAACUCAAUCGAUGCACCGACGUCCGGCAUGUGGGAAUCAAAUUAGUAGCAUUUGGUCAGAUCAAAUGUCAGAUUAAACCCCCGUGCUGCGGAAAAAAUCUCAAAAAUCAAAUCAUGACAACGAACGUCUGGGUCGAACAGGAAUGGAAAGACUACAAGCUAGUUUGGGAUCCAGAAGACUACGGCGGUGUACAAACCCUUCACGUACCUUCAGAGCACAUAUGGUUACCUGAUAUCGUACUAUACAACAAUGCCGAUGGGAACUACGAGGUCACCAUCAUGACAAAGGCGAUACUCCACUACAACGGCAGAGUCACCUGGAAGCCGCCGGCGAUCUACAAGUCCUCGUGUGAGAUCGACGUCGAGUACUUCCCCUUCGACCAGCAGACUUGUUUCAUGAAGUUUGGCUCAUGGACCUACGAUGGGUAUAUGGUGGACCUUCAGCACCUGGACCAGAAGCCGGGCAGCAACCUGGUCGACCCGGGCAUCGACCUCCUCGACUACUACAUUUCGGUGGAGUGGGACAUCCUGAAGGUCCCGGCCAUCAGGAACGAGCGCUUCUACCCGUGCUGCGAGGAGCCCUACCCGGACAUCUACUUCAACAUCACCAUGAGGAGAAAGACGCUCUUCUACACCGUCAACCUCAUCAUCCCGUGCGUCGGCAUCUCGUUCCUGUCGGUGCUGGUGUUCUACCUGCCGUCGGACUCGGGCGAGAAGGUGUCGCUCUGCAUCUCCAUCCUGCUGUCGCUCACCGUGUUCUUCUUGCUGCUGGCCGAGAUCAUUCCCCCGACGUCGCUGGCGGUGCCGCUGCUGGGGAAGUACCUGCUGUUCACCAUGAUCCUGGUGACGCUGUCCGUCAUGGUGACGAUAGGCGUGCUCAACGUCAACUUCCGCUCGCCGUCGACGCACAAGAUGGCGCCGUGGGUGCGGAAGAUCUUCAUCGAUCUGCUGCCGAAGUUCCUGCGGGUGGAGCGGCCGCAGAAGGACGCCGGCGACGAGGGUCCCGACGAAGUCACGGCCGGCGGGGACACGUCCUUCACGCCCUCCAGCGACGGCUUCGACAAGUUCCCGUUCGAGGACACGUACGACAUCCCGGCCAUCCCGCCCUCGCCGUACGACCGGGACCGCUACGGGGACGACCACCACCUGGCACUGCCCGCGCCCGAGUGCCACGCCCCCGUGCACGCACACGACCCGCCCUUCGUGCCCGAGAUGGAGGAGCCGCGCCAGCACUCGGAGCACCGCACCCUCAGGAGCAUCGAGUACAUCGCGCAACACAUGAGGAAACGUCGACUCCUUCGAGGAGAAGCAUCCGCAACUUCCCACUCACCCUUCACUCCCUUUAUUUACAACCAUAUUCUCAUUCACUCUUAUAUAUCAUUGCAAAAAGGCAAAGGACCAAUGACUGCGAAGGAAGUCAGCAAAAGACUAACUUAUAAGUCUUAUAAGUUUCUCCGUUUGUAA